AUGCUGGUGCGCAACCGCGACGAGGUGCAGGCGCUGGCCUUCGACGAGCAGCGGCGGCCCGGCGCGCGGCGCGCCGCCAGCCAGAGCGCCAUGCUGCAGCUCGACUACGGCGACACGGUGUGGCUGCGGCUGCACGGCGCCCCGCAGUACGCGCUCGGCGCCCCGGGCGCCACCUUCAGCGGCUACCUGGUGUACGCCGACGCCGACGCGCCUGCGCGCGGCCCGCCCGCGCCCCCCGAGCCGCGUUCGGCCUUCUCGGCGGCGCGCACGCGCAGCCUGGUGGGCUCGGACGCGGGUCCGGGGCCGCGGCACCGGCCGCUCGCCUUCGACACGGAGCUCGUCAACAUCGGCGGCGACUUCGACGCAGCGGCCGGCGUGUUCCGCUGCCGCCUGCCGGGCGCCUACUUCUUCUCCUUCACGCUGGGCAAGCUGCCGCGCAAGACGCUGUCCGUGAAGCUGAUGAAGAACCGCGACGAGGUGCAGGCCAUGAUUUACGACGACGGCGCGUCGCGGCGCCGCGAGAUGCAGAGCCAGAGCGUGAUGCUGGCGCUGCGGCGCGGCGACGCCGUCUGGCUGCUCAGCCACGACCACGACGGCUAUGGCGCCUACAGCAACCACGGCAAGUACAUCACCUUCUCCGGCUUCCUGGUGUACCCCGACCUUGCCCCCGCCGGCCCGCCGGGCCUCGGGCCCCCGGAGCUCUGA